UUUUAAAGCUACCGUGAGGAAUGCUGUCUAGCAGUCAUCAGCUGGUUUCUAACUGAGAAAGGGACAUGGCAGGGGUUACAACACGGUCCAUCGCUCGCUCCCUGCUGCCCGCUAGCAAGUACGUCAGGACCAAGGGAUUCGCCAGACAGCACUGGACCGUCCGCAAGAAGCCCGUUCUUACAGUUGGAAGAACUACAUUCCUGGUCUCUCUGCCGGCCUUGACUUACCUGGGAAACGAGGCCUACAAGAGAGUGCAGAGUAGCACUGUGGUUUAUGCCCUGGACAAAGCCCAGGAAGACUUGGAGCAGGCGGACUACCUGUACAGCUGUGGAGAGACAGAGAAACUCUACCAGCUCCUAGUGCAGUACAAGAACAGUGAUGAUGCGGAGUUCCUGUGGCGUCUGGCCCGGGCGUCCCGGGACAUGGCCCUGCUCCCCCAUAUCUCCGUACCUGAAAAAAAGCGCCUGACCUACGAGGCCUUUGAGUACGCCAAAUGGGCCCUGGAGAGGAACGAGGCCUGCUUCGCUGCGCACAAGUGGUAUGCUGUCUGCCUUAGUGAUGUAGGAGAAUAUGAAGGAGUCAAAGUAAAAAUUGGGAAUUCCUACAUUAUUAAAGAACAUUUAGAGAGAGCGAUUGAGCUGAACCCAAAAGAUGCAACAUCCAUCCACAUCUUGGGCUAUUGGUGUUACGCCUUUGCCGAGCUGGCGUGGUAUCAGCGCAAAGUUGCCGCCAUGAUCUUCGCCUCCCCUCCCACUGCGACCUAUGAAGAGGCCUUGGAGUUCUUCCUGAAGGCAGAGGAAGUGGAUCCAAACUUCUACAGCAAGAACCUCCUGAUGUUGGGGAAGACCUACAUGAUGCUGAAGGACCAGGACAAAGCUGUUCUCUGGCUGAGCAAAGCCCGGGACUACCACGCCCACACCGCAGAGGACAAAGAGGUUCACAAGGAAGCCCUGGAUCUUCUGAAGAAACUGCACGCAUGAGGAAAGCAAUUCAGGCUGAGAAUCAUGAACUCUACCAUGGGCAUUCAACCACUCUGAGGAACGACAGGCUCAAAACUCACCAUUUUUCAUCUAUAAAUG